CUCUCCGGUCAGCGGGGCAGAGUAGGAAACCUCCGCUUCGCCUGUCUUAAUAUUCUCUUUCUUUACCUGUUUAUCUCUUUAAAACUGAGAAUUAAUCAACACCAGGGUUAUUAUUAUAAUCUACACAGUCUAAACUCUAUAACUAAUGUAUCAGAGUCCUUAAAUUGGCUGUUGUUUUUAGCCUGGAGUCAUUUCUCCGCGAGGCUUUCUCUGUCCCCCGCUAAGAAGAGUUGCUAGGCGCUCUGUGUUUUUGUUCCUAACCGUCAACAGCAGCGCAGCGGCUAAACUUGUAGAAAGUUAGUUUAGGCUGUUUUAAACAGCUAUUACUCUGAUUUAAUCCGCGGAUAAUCCGGAAAGAACUGCUUUUAUUGGAUGCGGGAUCAUUCUCGGCUGCAGGGAGCGGAUUAACACAAGUUUAGAGCUGUCAGAAAGCAGAUAGUUAGCUAUGACAGCUAGUAGUGUGGCUGCAGGCUGCCUGGCAGGCUAGCUAACCUUAGCUGGCUAAGUUCAGUUAGCUUAGCCACUUAGCUAGUCUAGUCUUGGACUUAGCAGCUAACUAGUUAAGUAGGUUAUAGCUAUAGUAUAAGAACAGAGCUCAUAAAUGGAGGUCUGGUGGGGUUAAAACACGUUUAAACACUUAGGUUGAACUAUAUUAUGUAGUUAGUUAAGUGAAACAACUUUUAGGUUUAGUAAGUUAACUAGUUAACCAAUCUACCUUACCUGACCCACCAACCUGUCCUGUCCUGGGAAAAGCUGCUGGCCCUGACCCAGAAGAAGAUGGAGCAGUACCAUGUGUUGGAGAUGAUAGGAGAGGGCUCCUUUGGAAGAGUGUAUAAGGGUCGCAGAAAGUUCAGUGGACAGGUCGUAGCCCUUAAGUUCAUCCCCAAAGUCGGGCGCUCUGAAAAAGAGUUGCGGAGCUUGAAGAGAGAGAUUGAAAUCAUGAGAGGGCUCAAACAUCCCCAUAUAGUUCUGCUGCUGGACAGCUUUGAAACGGAGAGAGAGGUGGUGGUUGUGACUGAGUACGCAGAGGGUGAGCUGUUUCAGAUCCUGGAGGAUGAUGGCUGCUUACCUGAGAGCCAGGUGCGGACGAUAGCCUGCCAGCUGGUGUCGGCCCUGUAUUACCUGCACUCUAAUCGUAUAUUACACCGUGACAUGAAACCCCAGAACAUCCUUCUGGGAAAAGGAGGAGUGGUGAAGCUCUGCGACUUCGGAUUUGCCCGCUCAAUGAGUGUUUCUACCCUGGUCCUGACCUCCAUUAAGGGCACCCCGCUGUACAUGUCUCCAGAGCUGGUGGAGGAAAAGCCGUACGACCACACAUCGGACCUGUGGUCUCUGGGCUGCAUCCUCUAUGAGCUCCACACGGGGGCGCCUCCGUUCUACACUAACUCCAUCUUCCACCUCGUGCAGCUUAUCAUCAAGGACCCUGUCAAGUGGCCAGAGAACAUGAGCGAGGGCUGCAUGAGUUUCCUUAAAGGCCUGUUAACUAAAGACCCCCAGAAGAGGUUGGCCUGGCCUGAUCUGCUUAAGCACCCAUAUGUUGCAGAUGGAGUGAUCGUGUUGCCAGACGAGAGCUCCAGCAGUCCCCUGACCGUACUGCCCAGUCCAGACACGCAGGCUCUAAGGCAGCAGCAGGCAGCGGAAAAAACAGUCCCCCGCAGUGGAGAGGGCAAGCUACUGCGCAGAGCCAAAGAGCAGCGGGAUAAGCAGCACAGGAACAGACAGGACUCCACAGAGAACGGGAAGGCAGUUUGUAGCAGCCAGGCUCGCUCCAAAACUGCCCCGGCUGGAGAGGCCCCCACCAGCGGCCAUUCAUUGGGCAGCACCUUUACAGUGUGUCGAAAUUCAGCUCAUCCAGCAGCCAAUCAGCAUCAAGCAAAUGGCAUUGGUGUUGCCAGUCCCAGGGUGCGCUCGGCUCCGUGUAAAGGCCCAAUCAGCAGGGACUAUGAGAGAGAGUUCCCCUCAGUGGAGGUGGGACCCAGACAGGUCCUGAAACGUUCUGGACAAGGACACGUCGCUCUGGCCUCUGUCAGGAUGGACAGUGAUGAGAGGGAUGCUGACAGCGAUGAAGAAUGGCAGGGAUUGGCUGAAGUGACAGAUUGGGCCAAUCAAAUGUCUGUCCCUAUGGAACCACCCAUCCAUCAGAAGCUGAAGGGCAAGCUCCACCGAUCCAAAGACCAGAUUCUGAAUUCUGAUACAUUGGAGGAGCCGUCCUCCAUUGUUCACGCUUUAAAGCUCCUCAAUAACAUCAUCCAGACAUCUAAACCUGCCAGUGCCGAGAGAGUUUGUGAAGAGCUGGAACUGCCACACUUUUUAUUUUAUUGGAUUGAGGAGAUGCUUAGCAGUGCUAAAGUAAUGAAGAAGCCGUGGAGUGAGAGGAUUGUGGGAGAGCUGAUGGCUGUUCUUUUGGUGAGCUGGGAGAGGAACCCUGAGUGGGAAAUAAAGGAGAAAAGAGCUGAGGAUCUGUGCCAGCUGUUUAUGGCAGUGUUACUCCGGCCUGACCCAAACCGUUUGGGACCUUUAGCAGCUGCUGUUCUGAGUCUAUUCACUCAGCGUGGAGUAAGUGUAAAAGUCCAGAUGCACAGACUGACUGCUCUUCUAGAGUCUCUACUCUCAGGCCCAAAUGAGUCUUAUCACCCGUUACCUGCUGGCUGGGGCAUGAGCGACGGUGUGCUGGCAUUAACUCACCAAUUUCUCUCUCAGAGUGAAAGCAGUGAUCUCUGUGAUUUUCUCAACUCAGAGUGCUGGGGUCAUCUGUGGACUAAAGUUUGCACCAUGCUGCAAAACACGACAUCCACGGCUGAAUUUCUCUCUGAUAACGGUCUCUACAUCUUCCUUUCCCUUGCUCUGUUCGCUUUCUCCAAUGAGCCUCACGACUGUGUGGAACUUUACUUUGAGGACGGCAUGAAACUCACUCGCACUCUGAGUCUUCUGCUGACAGCCGAUAGCAGCUCGACAGAGCUUAAAAGGGGUCUCUUGUGGGGCAGCUCUGAUACGAGCAGCCUACCCAUGAUGAGCUGCCACCUACUCUGCUUUCCCUUUUCUCUGGAGCUGCCUCAGGAGAAAAUGACAGAAAUUCUCCACUCGUAUCAAAGCCUGAACGUGGUGACAGGUUUAGUUCAGGUGAUUCAGACCCAGCCUCCGGCUCUUUUGGAGCUUCCUCUUUCUCUCUUGUGUCAUCUUUGCCUGUCCUCCCCUCGGUGCGCUGUUCCCAACUUCACCAAAGCUGCCCUGGCCUCUGGCUUUCUCCCACAAAGUGCACAGAGACACCCAGAGGCACAGCAAACUCUAAAUUAUCUCAAACAGUCAGGAUGUGCAGAGGAGCGACCAAAACACAAUGGAUUCCAACAGAAGAACAUGUCCCACCUGAGCCAGGGAGAUGGUACUCACCAUCCUAAGGGAGGUGCAGACAUGGUCAGAGGCAGCAGAGAUAAAUCUAGAGGUACAAGGGACUCCUCUAAUGCACAGUCUCAGCUGUCCAAGAGCAAAUCUGCUUUGGGGAAGUUGAGGGAAAAAGCAGAUCAGCCAAAGAUCAAGCAGGAUCGGAAAGUUCUCACUGCAGAACAUCUUCUAAGUAGUUUAGAGCAACAUGGCGGUAGUGUGGAGGAGCUUCUAGACAGCUUGGAGCUUCAGGACAGCUUUUCACAUCUCAGACAUCUUCCAAGCCAGCAGAAGAGAAGCAUGAGCUGGCUUAUAGACAGUCUAGAGCAUCCUUUGAACAGUGCAGCCAACGGUGAAGGAGAUAGGGGGUGUCCUGUGAUCUCAGAGAUCAAAGGUCAGUCUCUCGAGCCUGUGGUUAGGACGGCAAGCUCUCUUCUGUCUGAGCUGCUGCAGAGUGAAUCAUCUUGUGCAGGCGCCAUGCAGCUUAUUACCCUGCUGUCUCAGACGGCUUGUUGUCCAACUACCUCUUCCACUGUCUGUCUCCUACCUGUGAACCCAUCACUGCUGAGAGUAGCCCUGCGACACUGUGACGAUGGAGUCCGAGCUGCAGCCUGUGGUCUCUUGGCUCAGUUAGAGCCAGAAUACUGGGUUCAUUCUACCAGUGGAACAGAGGCAAGCUCAAACUGGACCAUAGAGCCAUCCCUGUUCCAGGACCUUCUAAGCCGCCUGAGUGACCCUGCACCAAAUGUACGUAGAAUUGCUUGCAAGGUUGCAGAGAAAUGGCUAAGCUUGAUGGGACAGACUGAAUUUAGGAAGGGGAAGAGUCUUCACACUUCGCACAGAGACCAGCACUUGCAGGAUGGUCCCAAGGCCAGAAGGAGGACUGCCAGUGGCCCAGAAGUGAAAGGCAGAGGUAAGAGGGGUGUGGAAGCAGAGGGGUCUAGACAAAGGGGAAAGGGAGACGCCGCCGGCUCAACUUUAAGUUCCGUGGGCGCUUCUGUGGAGGGGGAGGAGGAAUGGGUCAGGGUUGCAAUAGGAGCGGCCUGUCCUGCGGUGUCUCUCCUCUCGGACUCGGAUGCUGUCAUCCGGCGGCGCGCCUGUGUCAUCCUGGGCAACAUGGCUGUCGUGGGUGGAGGCGACAGGGCGCUGAUUAGCGCGGACGCUCCCCGUCAGCUUCUGCGCAUCGCCUGCGGCGACUCCCAUCAUGCAGUGCGACGGCAGGCCGUGGCCACCCUGUACGCAAUUGGUCAACUGGAUGAGCUGCAGCAGGCUCUGAAGUCCAUUGAUGCUGGACUUAAGCUCCACCAUGCUUCCCAGGGUUCUUCACUUCCGAGCAAUUACAGACGGCCUGUCAGCCAGCUGAAUGGGCCGAACACAGGAAAAACAUAGCGUAGACUUAACAAGGGGUAAAGUGUAUGGUUGUAAUCAGCGGACCAGUGUGAUGCAAAGUGUCUGUGCGUGUGUUCCAGUGUAGAUGUCUUUCUCAAUGACUUUAAUGUUAGUUAUUUUGUCGUAUUUAAUUUGUUUAGAUAGCUGUGUUUUUUUUGUACAGAAUCUUGGAGGUAGCUUAAGCCUACACAUUUGCCUAGACUAAAAUUGUAUUGUGGCUGUGAAACUUAGACCAAGAUCUACUGCUAAACCAGUUACUGGUGUAGAGCUUUUUUAACACUUGUCAGUCAGGCUUUAGCUAGAGAUCCAGCUGAAACACUGGUAGAAUAGACACACUUCAAAAUGAAUGAGUGAAUGAGUUUUUCACUGUCCGUUCUGAUUUGUCUGAAUGAUCUCAAUACUCUGUAUUUUUCCUGUUUUUCUGUUUUUUGUAUUUAUUUGAUUUUUUUUUUUAAUGAAAAUUGAUUAAUUUAUACAGGCCGUGAAAAUAAAAAGAUUUUGUACCAGUGAAUACUUGUUAAUAAAUUCCUUUUUUGAAAAAAAAAAAA